GGAGGGAGUGUGAGGUUGUCGUGUGAGAGUGUGUGUGCGCGCGACGGACUCAGACACGGAGACGCAGAAGCGCUCUCUGUUGCGCGAGAGGUUAGAGGAUCACUACGUAGUGUGUGUCCUAGCGUGUGUGUGGCUAGGUCUCUGCCUGCCGGACGUGUAUGUUGUUGUGGACGGAUCUUAGUCUGAAAACCUCCCUGAUCCAGCAUGCUCACAGAACCUGAGAUACCGCAGGAGUUUAACAGGAUGUCUUCCAAGCGACCAGCCUCUCCAUAUGGGGGAACAGAUGGAGAGGUAGUCAUGGCGACGAGCAGACAGCGAUUGGAGGAUGAAGAGGUUGACGGACAUGCUGUCAUUCACUUACCCCUGAGCUCCUACUGCAGCAAGGUGUCUCCGCGCUCGCCCCGCCCCCUUGACAGUCCCCCCACACUACACAGCAGCAUGGAGCAGGAGAACAGUAAAGGCCUUGCUCUGAGUCCCUACGCCCAGCACAACUCGACUACCUCACCCAGUAAGCAGCAGGGGGCAGUGUUGCAGGCGGGGCUGGACGACAGCUCGGCCCGGCUGGGGAGUGAGUGUGGGGUGUCUGGGGCGUCCGGAGCGUCCGGGGCUCUGGGCACUCCGGAGAGACGCAAGGGCAGCCUGGCCGACGUGGUGGACACACUGAAACAGCGCAAGAUGGAGGAGCUGAUCAAGAACGAACCAGAAGAAGCCCCCAGCAUUGAGAGGCUUCUGUCUAAGGACUGGAAGGACAAGCUGUUGGCUAUGGGCUCUGGUCACUUUGGCGAGAUAAAAGGUACAGCGGACAGUCUGGCGGAGAAGGAGAGACAGUUGAUGGGGAUGAUAAGUCAGCUGAGCAGCCUGAGAGAACAACUGCUCUCCGCACACGAGGAGCAGAAGAAACUGGCAGCAUCGCAGAUCGAGAAGCAGAGACAACAGAUGGAGCUCGCCAAGCAGCAACAAGACCAGAUUGCUCGACAACAACAACAGCUCCUGCAACAGCAACACAAAAUCAACGUCCUUCAGCAGCAGAUCCAGCAGGUCCAGGGUCAGCUCCCUCCUCUGAUGAUUCCCGUCUUUCCUCCAGAUCAGAGGACUCUGGCGGCGGCGGCGGCCCAGCAGGGCUUCCUCCUGCCUCCGGGCUUCAACUACAAACCAGGCUGCAAUGACCCGUACCCCCUCCAGCUGAUCCCCACCACCAUGGCAGCUGCUGCAGCCGCCACACCUGGCCUUGGACCCCUUCAGCUCCAGCAGUUAUAUGCAGCACAGCUGGCAGCCAUGCAGGUCUCUCCAGGCUCCAAGCAUGGCAUGGUGCCCCAGUCCAACCUGGCGAGUGGCACACACUCCCCUGCCAGUGGGCAGAGUGAGAAGGGCAGGACCAGCCCACCGCCCAAGCCCAAGGAGGAGGGCGCUCAGCCCCUGAAUCUGUCGUCCAAGCCUAAGAGUCCCGAGAGCAAGUCACCCACAUCCCCCGCUUCCCCACAGGUCCCCGCCAUGAAGUUGGCCUCCGGCUCCCUGAAGCACAGCGCCACCUCCAGCAUGGGAGGACCCCCGCCUCGUGUCAGCUCCAUAGAUCUGCUGUCCUCCAUCACUUCAGGAGGUUACCUGACUGACCACGACUCCGUGAGCAAGGCCUACCAGGAGGCACGUCACAUCAAGGAACAGCUGAAACGGGAGCAGCAGGCACUGGAUGCCAAGGUGGCAGCGGCCAGCAGCAUGGUGCUCAGCAACGGGCGCAACGAGAAGGAGAAAGCCUCGCUCGAGAGUCUGAGUCAGCAUCUGAAGUCGGAGGAGAGCAAAUUCAAUCACACCAUGAUGGACUUUGGCUUAAGCGGAGACUCCGACGGCAGCCCCAGCGUAUCAGACUCAAGGAUGUUCCGUGAGGCACGGGGGCGUGGCAGCAGUGAGCCUCACAUCAAACGGCCCAUGAAUGCCUUCAUGGUCUGGGCGAAGGAUGAGAGGAGGAAGAUACUCCAGGCCUUCCCUGACAUGCACAACUCCAACAUCAGCAAAAUCCUGGGCUCGCGCUGGAAGGCGAUGACCAACCUGGAGAAGCAGCCGUACUAUGAGGAGCAGGCGCGCCUGAGCAAGCAGCACCUGGAGAAGUACCCCGACUACAAGUACAAGCCGCGGCCCAAGCGCACCUGCCUGGUCGACGGCAAAAAGCUGCGCAUCGGCGAGUACAAGGCCAUUAUGCGCAGCCGCCGGCAGGAGAUGCGCCAGUACUUCGCCGUCGGGCAGCAAGCUCAGUUGCCUCUGUCGUCAGGGGGCGUGGUGUAUCCAGGAACUCUCUCCAUGGCUGGCAUGCCUUCGCCCCAGAUGCCAUCUGAGCACUCCAGCAUGUCUAGCAGCCCUGAGCCGGCCCCGCCCACUGCCCCGCCCUCUUACCUCAGCAUCAGCAAGGGGGAAGAGCCUCGCAUCAAGGAGGAGGAGCUCCGGAUGGACGAGAGCAAUGGCGACGGCUACGACGACUUUGAUUACGAGGAAGAGGACGGAGACUUCGGCAGUGAUAGCGAAAACCACGUUGCCCAAUAAAAACAAAAAAAGAAAGCGCCAAUCACAGCCAUUCCGCCAAUCAUCUGGUCCCUCAAUUCAAGCCUCGCCUCCCCUCACCUUUACUCUACACGGCACCCAAUCAGGGCUCUAGCAAUGCCAAGCCCCUCCCACAGGAGCCCCAGUACCAGCAGCAGCAAAGCACAGGACCUGUCAAUCAAAAUGACUGUUACACUAAUGGAGUGUCUUGGAAGGGGAGUGAGAUGCCACAACGUCUGGCACUAUCAUGUCACAUGUCGAGUAAGCUACAGGAAGACAGGAAAAACAAAACACACGACCAGAAAACUAUUACGAACAAGGACGUGUCAGUCAGCCUAUCAGAGACACCAAUGGUGGACCUGCUUGUCUAUAAAAAGACACUUUUAAAAAAAGUUUUUUUGGGGGGGGUUGUUUAUUCGUUUUUGUUUUUUGUUGUUCGGGGUUCUAGAAUAUUCUCACUCAGGUACACGGUGCCAACAAGUGGCUUGUGAAUGUGUCUUUGUUUUUGUGCUACAGUUUUAAUAUAGAAAAAAAAAAAAUUUAUUUUGCUGUUUUGACGUAAAGCACCUGACGGGGAGUAAAGAGACUUUUUCGGGGGUGGGGGUUGGGUUUGGUGUUUGCUCCUUGUCGGGGUUCUCUUUGCUGAAUUACGUGUCUCAAACACACUCACACACACAUGCACCUACACGUAGUCACACAUACAUGCACAUGCGGGAGGGGAGGGUGGAGGCACUCCCUCACAGUGGUGCGGCAGCCCUGCUGAGGUCACACGCACCUCACUCUCACUUCCUGUCUGCCUCCGACAUGGAACAAACUUUGUUUCAGCAUCCAAUGAUAUGACAAUGGCUAUCAUAAAGAGAUGGCUAAAAAAGGACUUUACUCUGUGUGUGUGUGUGUGUGUGUGUGUGUGUGUGUGAGACGGACAGAGGGAGAGAGGGAAAAUUAAAUGUCUUUG